AUGACUCGUGUCAAAUGUUCACAAAUACGUGGCAAAAAGCCCGAUGAACUUCAAAAACAAUUAGUAGAAUUACGUCAAGAAUUGAACACUCUCCGGGUUGGUAAAGUCACUGGCAGCGGUGGUGCUCAAAAACUUGGCAAAAUUCGCAAUGUUCGCAAAUCGAUCGCACGUGUCCUCAUUGUUACACAUCAAACAACCAAAGACAAUUUACGUGCCUUAUAUCAUGGCAAGAAAUACAAGCCAAAAGAUUUACGACAACGCAAAACACGAGCUAUUCGACGUCUGUUGACACCCAAGGAGAAAUCGAUUCGAUUGAAGAAAAUUCAACGACGACAAUGGGCUUUUCCACAACGCACAUAUGCUGUUAAAGCUUAA